GGAUCCGCCCUUGACCAAUUGGAGGAAAGUGGACGUAUCAUAGCGUGAGGAACGGCAGUAGUGGGAGCGGGCUGACGUUGGCUGGGCUCCCGGGCAGGUGGAGGCGGUGCGCGCUGCGGUGACCCGGCGCGGUUGCCUUUCCCACCCCGCCCCCACCCUUAUCCCGAGGUCCCGCGGCUUCCCGCGUGCGCGCGCGCGUGCGCGGUACCCAGCCUGUCCUAGCCCGGCCCCCGGCUCGCGCCGCCCGGAGGCGCUUCCUCCCGCGGACACCCCCUCCUUCUCCGGAGCUCUCCGUUCCCCCGUCCCGGAGCCGCCGGGAUGCAGUGGGCGAGGAGUUCGCGUGCCCUGCGAGUGGCCGUGGUGCUGGCCGUGGCGGCGGUGCUGGUGCAGGGCAUCCGCGUCUGGCUGGACUCCAAGCGCUUCGUCUUCCAGCGCGAGGAGAUCGCGCAGCUGGCGCGCCAGUACGCCGGCCUUGACCAUGAGCUGGCUUUCUCUCGCCUCAUCGUGGAGCUCCGGCGGCUGCACCCAGGCCACAUCCUGGCAGAUGAGGACCUUCAGUGGGUGUUUGUGAAUGCCGGCGGGUGGAUGGGCUCCAUGUGCCUCUUGCACGCCUCACUCUCCGAGUACGUGCUGCUCUUCGGCACAGCCAUCGACACUGGGGGCCAUUCUGGUCGGUAUUGGGCUGAAAUCUCAGACACAGUCAUCUCUGGAACCUUCCGCCAGUGGAGGGAAGGGACAACCAAGAGUGAAGUUUACUACCCAGGAGACACCAUUGUUCAUGGGCCCGGGGAGGCCACAGCGGUGCAGUGGGGGGCUGGCACGUGGAUGGUGGAGUACGGCCGGGGCUUCAUCCCUUCCACCUUGGGCUUUGCACUGGCCGACACAUUCUUCAGCACCCAGGACUUCCUCACACUGUUCUACACUCUACGGGUCUAUGCCCGGGCACUGUGUCUGGAGCUCACAACCUACCUCUCCAGCCAGGGACAUUGACCUCCCCCGCCCGUUGACACCCC